AUGAAAGUUGUUUUCAAAACUCUGAAACAGCAGACAUUUGACCUUGAAGUCGCUGAGAAUGAAACGGUGGCAAACGUGAAAAAAGCCAUCAAGGAACUGAAGCCUGCUGACUAUGGCGAGUCACAGCUAAAGUUGAUCCACGCAGGAAAAGUCAUGGAGGAUGAUAAGACCCUUCAAGAUUACAAGGUUGAUGAGAAGGGGUUUGUAGUGGUUAUGGCACACGUGGCAAAGCCUCCGCCAAAGGAGAAUGUUACCGAGCCUAUUAAAAAGGUGCCCCCGCCUCCCGCUGCAGCGCCUGAAGCGCCGGCAACAGCAAACGAAGACAAACCUGCUCCAGCCGCAGCUAGCUCCGAACCACCAGCUACAACGACCCCCGAAUCCGGGCCAUUGUCGUCGAGCACUGCCGAAAGUACGCUUGUCACGGGCUCUCAGUUUGAAACAACUGUGACGGAGUUAAUGAACAUGGGAUUUGAACGCGAGCAGGUGGUGCGAGCUCUUCGCGCAAGCUUCAAUAAUCCAGACAGAGCAGCCGAGUACCUACUUAACGGCAUUCCGGCUGUUGAGGCCGCUGAACCUGUUUCUCAUUCUGCUCCGGCUCCUGUUGCUCCGACUUCCGGCACUCAGCCUCAGUCAGAGCCUUCGUCCGAAGCUGCUUUGCCAGAUCCUAUUAGGGCGCUUGCUCAGCUUCCUCAAUUUCAACAGAUGCGGGCUCUUGUGCAAGCCAACCCAGAACUUCUGCCAGCCCUUAUUCAACAGCUCGGGACAUCUAAUCCCCAACUUCUUCAAACUAUCAGGGGCAACGAGCAAGCGUUUCUGGAUUUCCUCAACACACCUUUAAGCCCAGAGGAGGAGUCAGCUCCCGAAGGCGAACGCCCUGAACCACGACCGGUCCUCCUUCGAAUGACUGCUGAGGAGAAGGCUGCAAUCGACAGGCUUAAGGCCCUCGGCUUCCCUGAAGAUCUCGUUAUUCAAGCCUACUUCGCAUGCGACAAGAAUGAAGAACUUGCGGCCAACUUUUUGCUUAGCGAACAGCCGGAUGACGAAAUGGUUUAA